GCCGUCUGGUUGGCUGUUGAGAGCGAGGCCGGCCCGCCUGCGCGAGGCCCGAAUAGAGCUCAUUCAGACGGGGCGUGGCCCGUAGCCCAGACCGAGGCUGAGGGAAGCCCAGCCACCCGGAAGUGGGGCUGGCUCUGGGCUGCUGGCGCCGCACACCCCCCCCCCUCCCUUUGGGCUGAGGGGACCCGCGGCGCAUCGAGGUGCAGGAGUUCAGGUGGCUAGCACCAGUCGGGGAGCAAAGAGGGCAGUCUCCAUCAACAGGGCGGUGACACAGCCUGUUGGCCUUCAUGCCUGACCACACGGAUGUCAGCCUCCUUCCGGAGGAGCGAGUCAGGAGGCUGAUCCAGAUGGGGAGCUCCGUGGAGGUGAAUGAAGAUGUCCCGCCACGGCGGUAUUACCGCUCUGGGCUCGAAAUCAUCCGUAUGGCAACGAUUUAUUCUGAGGAAGGCAACAUUGAGCGCGCCUUCAUACUGUACAACAAGUAUAUCACGCUGUUUAUAGAGAAGCUGCCGAAGCAUCGCGAUUACAAAACCGCUGUCCUCCCUGAGAAGAAAGACACGGUGAAGAAACUCAAAGAAGUUGCGUUUCCCAGAGCCGAGGAGCUGAAGAAGGAGCUGCUAAAGCGCUACACCAAAGAGUAUGUGGAAUACAGUGAGCGAAAGAAGAAGGAGGAGGAGGAGUUUGCACGUAAUCUGGCUCUGCAACAGCAGCUGGAGGAGGAGAGGCAAAGGGUAGCCCAGAUGAAGCAGCAACAGGCGGAGCAGGAGCAAUUUAAUGCCUUCGAGGAGCUGAUCCGGCGCAAGGAGCUGGAGAAAGAGCGUCUGAGAAUCCUGCAGGAAUUUGGGAAGCCAGGGCUAGGUCCUGAGUCUCAGGGGGGACCCCUGAUACCAGGCGUGGAAAAGCCCCCAACUGACUUAAGCCCAAAGCUUCCUGCAUCUCCUGUACCACCUGCAAGCCCAGUGGUAGGGACAGUGCUGCCAAAACUGCCUGUUGUGGACAGAUCUCUGAAACCUGGAGCUUUGGGGAGUCCGGAAAACAACGUAAUGACAGAGGGCCUUCGCCAUGUCAUCAUCCCCAAGGGGCUCUGCCAUAAGUUCCUCCAGGUAGCAGAUGCUAACACUGCCCGGGGCGUGGAGACAUGUGGAAUCCUCUGUGGGAAACUGCUGAGGAACGAGUUCACGAUAACACAUGUCAUUGUCCCCAAACAACAUGGAGGCCCCGAUUAUUGCAACACGGAGAACGAGGAGGAGCUCUUCCUGAUUCAGGAUCAGGACAGCCUCAUCACUCUGGGCUGGAUCCAUACUCACCCUACGCAAACAGCUUUUCUUUCCAGCGUGGAUCUGCACACGCACUGCUCCUAUCAGAUGAUGCUGGCUGAGUCCAUUGCCAUUGUGUGCGCACCCAAAUACCAGGAGACGGGAUUCUUCAAGCUGACAGACCAUGGCCUGGAGGAGAUCUCUUCCUGUCGGCAGAAGGGCUUUCAUCCACACAGCAAAGAUCCACCUCUCUUCACCAGCUGCACUCAUGUGUCAGUAGCUGAGAGAGACGUGGUGCUGAUGGAUCUUCGAUAAGCCCAUUGCCUUAACCUACUUCUUUACCAGAAAAGAUCUAACUUGUAGGCCUAGGGAAGCUUUUUCUCCCAUAGCAAAUGAUUCCCACCGUACAGAGUGAUUUUCAGUAAUUACGGUGAGGUUGGUAAUCUCCACUUGGAGCGCACGAGAUCUCUGAGGCCUCUCUCUGGUCUCGGGAGACGUUGAGAUUCUGAGAGGUGAAAGGGAAUAUUAAUGUGGAUUUAAAAAAAAAAUAAAAAGCUAACACUAUGAGGAUUAUUUAACUCCCUAAUAAUCAGUCACUCCGCAAUCCUUCCAGAAGGACUCAUGGCAAUAACGGUGCUCCUAAAGCUUGGAAUUUGGAUUGGGCUGACUGGAGAGCCUUUGAAAGGAAGCUCUUUCCAAACUCGGAUCCACCAAAUUUAGCCCAUCUUCUUUUUUUGCCCCUCAUGUCUGAUCCAGAGCCUGUUGAACAGUCAUAAGUCUUUCCGUUGACUUCAGUGGGCUGUUGAUCAGGACUUUUGUAAAGCUCCAAUGGGGCCGAGACUCACUCACUUCCCCUGUAAAGGGGUCUUCGUGUAAGUGACAUCUUCACCCGCAUUUGGACCUCCUGUGUGCUGAGAACAAUGUGAAAUGAGCCAUCUUUUCCCCCCCAAAUCAAUGGUUCAGUUCUUUUACUUUAGAGUAGUGGGGGGGGGGGGAAACUGGUGCCAACAGCUCCGCCACUAACGAGCAGCCCUACAAUAAAUGAGUAGCGUGAGCACAAUGGAAGGAAUAGAUGCUAGACAGGAAACUGGUUUCAGUUGCACAGUUGCCAUAAAUAGUUGGUUACAUUUUUGUCAUUUUAAACAGAUUUAACGGGGGGGUGGGAGGAGAGAGAAAUAGGAUCCUUUAUUUUAUUAUUGUUCCUAAAUGGGAAAUAACUUGGGUCUUUGUUCUGCUUCUUUAAUAGUGCAAUAUGGAUGGAAGAGGGUCAUUUCUUAUGGAUUACUCUAACAGCGUAGCAGUAGGAAAGUCCAUGUGAUAGAACAUUGAAGGUGUGUUAACAGCUGGCUGGAGAGAGAGGUGAACUAGUGUUGUCGUGGUUCUAACACUGUGUUCCCUUGAUAGGGUAAUUCCUGCGGAGGAAUGGGAAGUGUUAUCUAGUCUAACCGAGCUAGAGGCACUUCACGUGGGGCUUUUUAGCAAGGUCCAGCAGAUUGGGCAUUGGGCUGUGAGUCAGGAGACCAGGGUUCUGUUCCUGGGUUAGCUGCUUCCCUUUUCUAGGUCUGUUUCCCAGUCUAUAGAAUGGGGAUGAAACUGACCUUUUUUCUGUCAUGUGCAUUGAGAUCUACAGAUGAAAAGCAUCUUGGAAGAACUAUGCUUUAAUAGCAGCAGUGCAGUUCUCAGGCAUUUGGGGCAGGGUACCCCAGAGACUCUCUAUCCACACUGGUCAGGGAAACUGUUAGAACCAUGCCAGAAUUAACUGUAUUCAGAGAGUCCUGGAUCUGAACUACUCACCAGGCCCGAGGUCCAGAAUGGGUCGGUCCUCAUUCUCUGGGUCAGCCAUCCCUGAUGACUGGCAAAGUUGGGAUCGAAAUGCCUCCCUGUUAGUAUUCAAGUCAUGUGGUGAAGAAUCCUCUGUUCACCUCAGUAACCCCUUGCUGCUGCUGGACUUCUCCCCUAGGAAGCCAAAGUCAUAGAAAGUUUCUCUCCUUGCCAAAGUUCACACUCCCAUGAAGUCCUGAGAUGAUCUGUUUGAGAGCCUGUUGUGUAGAAUCACUGAAUGUCGUAGACAAGUGUAAUACGUUGUUCACGUCAGAUGCCAAAUACUGACUCUUCCCCCCUUCCCCCCCCCCCCAUUGCAUCUGUCUGUCUGUGUCUGUUAGUCUGGAGAAGAAAUGGAGAUAACCAUGUGUUAGAAACUGUCCCACUUUAUAAUACUCUUCGUACAUUCUAACUCUGUGAUGUGUUAGAUUGUCAAUGAGCAUUAAAUGUUAAUGAGCUGGACUUUUGGCUCAGCGUAGAGUGAAAGAUUUUAGGCUUUCGUUCUGGAGCAGCUGAUGGUAGUAUAUGAGAUCCUACAUUUGGAGCCUCUAUUUAUCAACACAUGCACAGUUGGCUUUUCGUCUGGAAUAUAAUAUGUGCCCUUACUGACCUGUUUUGCUGUAUAAUAUUUGGCAAACAAAAUUCUUUGGUGUACAGUUUAAUACAAAUUGAUAUUAUCUUGGAUGGGUUUGUUUGAUCAUUAUUUGUACAGCAGUAAUAGUUUGCACUGAUUUAACCCUUUUCAUCUCAGGAUACAAAAGGAGGGAGAGAUCCCUGUUUUGGGGGGGGGGGGGCACUUGUCCUGCAACCAGGAGAGACCUUGGUUUACUACCUCCCGAGUUCUUGCUCUGACCUUGAGGUCAUAAUUGGAAAUAGAUUGUUCCUAGCAACAAGAAAGGAGCAGAGCAGAUAAUACUAUUAGGGGCUUGCCGUUACAGAUUUCAUUUACUUGGGAACUGUUUAGACUUUCAGGGGUUCUCAACCUUUUUCCUUCUGAGACACCCCACCACUAUAUGCUAUAAAAACUCCAUGGCCCACCUGUGCCACAGCAAAUGUUUUCUUGCAUAUCCAGCAGAUGAAAAGCCAUAUUAAACUGAGUUGUACAGCUAAACACAUACACACACCCCUACCUACCUACCUACCUGUACUAUACAAAAGAAAAGCAUAAGAUAGGUACAAAAAUAAAAAUCCUGAAUAUUA